AUAAAACAUUUUAAUGAUUUAAUAACUCUCAGUAAGACUUCAAGACUUAUUUUCCUUGAAGAAAAAGAAAUCUGGUGAUAUGGUAAUAUGAUAUACAGCAUUUCUUGUUUCUUACAGUUUGUCUUGUUUCAGGAAGUUUAAACAAUGCACUAGAAUCAAGAAAAUGGUACUUGAGAUAAGUGAUUCGUGCAGACAUCCCUUCUUAAAUGUGUGGAUUUCCAGCUUUUCUUUGCCGUAUGUGAUAGUAAAUCUGAAUAUAUUUGGCUUUUAGACUGUUGGUCAGACAAAACAAGACAUUUUAAUAUGUCACCAUGGGCUAUAGGAAAUUGUAUGGGCAUUUUUCAUCACUUUCGGACAUUUCAAGAAUUAAACGAUUGAUCAAAAACAUAAUUGUAAGAUUAAUCGAUAAUGAAAAUAGACAUUAGCUGUAAACAAGAUGUGUUAAUUAGUGAUAUUUACAGGAUCCUGGUAGGUGGAUUUGCUUUGGUCGGAGCCAGGCUAGCUGUUUUCCCUUUGCUAAACUAAGCUAACCGUCUCCUAACCGAGAGUGAUGUCAAUCCACAACCUGUUCUCACUCUGAAGUCAUCAAAUACUGAAGCUUGGUCAGUGUCCCUCCGCUUCAAAAUAUGACGCCACAGAUACACCUCUAACGUCAUUUCUGGACACGCCUGUCUUCAAAGUCAGGUGAAGUACUGGACACGGGAGACCAGGGUCCGAGACCUGUGUGAAACCAAAAGUAAAUGAUUACUUUUAAGUAACGCACGUGAACGAACUUACGUAAUGUACUUAAGAUACGUGAGGUAGGCUACAAUGUACUUUAGUUACAUGAGGUAUGUAUCUUUUCCUAAACCUAACCAAGUAGUUUUUGUGCCUAAACCUAAGGAAGUGGUUUUGAAGUGCGACUGUUUCACAACGUUAACCACAGCAUCGUUAUUUUGAAAGUCUGACCGUUGCAUAUUUAUUGUUGCUAACAUGGUGCUCUGAAAUUACGCUAGGUACCUACAGCGUCAUAUUUUGAAGUGGAGGGACAAUGGCCAAACAGCAGUAUUUGAUGAGCUGGGAGUGAGAACCAUGCAAUCCAGUGUAUUUCCCAAAAUGUAAAACUAUUACUUACUAUGAAGUAAUGUUGUGGAACAUGUGUUGUCUUCUGCAGAUGUAAACCCUUGAACAACAUUAACAGCAACAAAUCUCCACCAGACAGUUAAGUCAACAAUCAUGCCAGCGAUGGUCUUAAAGAUCAGCAUGCUAGCAAUGGAAAGUUUGUCUUCGUACUUAAUACAGAGACUUCUUCUCUUCCUUUUAUGUCUCCCGCUUCAUCUUAACUGUUCACUUGCUUAUUCGCUAAAAAAUUGUGCCAUCAAUUAUUCUGAGGAUACCUUGGCUGACGUUUUUUUGGAUUGCUCAAACCAAAAACUUGUUACUAUCCCUGAUGACAUCCCCAGAGAUGUGAGCUCAGUAAAUCUCCGCUUCAAUCUGCUUGAACAGAUUAACAGGCGAGAUUUUGGCGACUUGUCAAAGCUGAGAAUUUUGUUCCUGGACUCAAAUCAGAUUGCUCACAUGGACGAUGGAUCUUUCAUCCAUUUGGUGGCAUUGACAAAGCUUCACAUAAGCAACAACAAACUCACCAGCCUGACAGGAAACCUCUUUCAGGGUCUGUCCAACCUUACCACGCUUGACCUCAGUAACAACAACAUUCAGUUCAUCCAUACCUCUGCCUUUCAGUUCCUGUCCAGCUUACAAACUGUGAUGCUACACCACAACAAGCUCCGACAAGUCGCUGACAUUCAGCCCAUCUUACAACUACCUCACCUACAGAAGCUGAGCAUUGGCAAUAAUCUAUUUACCUCCUUUCAGACCAAAGAUCUGCCCCUUAACAUGUCCUCAGGCCUGAAGGUGUUAGAUGUUUCUAAUAAUAAGUUUGAAAAGUUCAGCAUCACAACACAGGUCUUUCCUCACCUUGAGAUGAUAGACCUUUCUCAAAGUUGCCAAGAUGCUGGCUUCAAAUGGGACAUACCUGAUAAGACUUUACUGAGAAACAUAACCAAACUGUAUUUCAGUUUCACUUUGAUUCCUUUUGAAGAGAUCCAAAAAGUCCUGCAGAGUCUUGAUUCACUGAUGCAUCUAAGACUGAAUUAUAUGGAGAAGUGGAUCCACAAAGGUCUCUUAGCUACGGUCUGCAAAAUACCCACACUUAAGAGGCUGGAUCUGUUUUACAAUCAUGUCGCCAAUUUGAGUGUGAAACUUGUAACUUGCUCUCAGCUCACUGAGCUUGACUUGUCAGUUACUCGCAUGACUGAACUGUCUAGAGGCUCGAUACGAUUGAUGAAGCGACUGAGGUCCCUAACUCUAGAUACCAACUCACUCACCAAAGUGCCAGAUGACAUUAGGAGUCUCUCCUCCCUCGAGAUCCUAAAUCUUAGUGACAAUCUUAUCUCUGAUUUGGGCUGUGAGGAUUUCAUAAACACAACACGCCUCACAGAGCUUCAUCUGAACAUUAACCACAUUGCCAAACUGGACAGGUGUGUCUUUGAAAAUCUUAAUGAUCUGAAGGUUUUAGAUAUGAGUGACAACCUGCUGUGGACAUUCGGAGACACCUUCAAAAUAGGCCUGCAGAAGCUCGAGUUCUUGGAUUUGAACAAAAACUUUGUAUCUGUUCUUGAAACGGGGUAUUUUCAAGGUUUAGGGUCCCUAAAAUAUUUGGAUGUGAGGUCAGAUCAUAUUGGAAGGGUGAAAAGUAAGGCUUUUGACGGACUGGACAACAUAAGAACUCUUAGUGUAUCUCUACCACUCGAGUUUGAAAAUAACUUCAGAGGAUUACAAAAGUUGGAAAAUCUCACAGUCUAUUUCAAUAUUGACGAUAGUUUCAAAAGUCCUCAUCCAAACUAUUAUGAAGCUUUCUUCCAUUUAAAAUCUUUGAAAGUUUUCACAAUAAUAUGUAAGGGUGAUCACUAUGGCUUCCCCUUUGACGUACCAAUGCAAAUGCUGCAGGCUAUGAAACAUUUAGAGGACUUCACAGCUGAGAAUAUAUAUAUUGCUGCGCCGGAUCCUGGCACAUUUCAAUUCAAUCCCCAGCUCCAGAGUCUGGUAAUAGGGCAGACUGAUUUGUCAGAUUUGGGUCCUGAACUGUUUCAGCCAAUCCCAAACCUGCAGGCUCUCGAUCUUUCUAACAGUAAGCUCAAGUCUUUGGAUUUUCUGGCCCGGGCCAACCUCUCUGCACUAAGAUGUUUGAAACUGAGUGACAAUGAGAUUACAGUGAUCAAUGAGACGGUCUUCAAGUCUCUCCCUGCACUAACAUACCUGGACCUGAACAAUAACCCUUUCACUUGUGACUGCUCUAAUGCCGGCUUUAUCCAGUGGGUGAAGAGCAACAACCAAACUCAGGUUGUUAAUGGCCAUCAGUACACUUGUUCCUUUCCUGUGGCGGAGCAAGGAAGCAAGUUGCUGGACUUUGACAUCCAGUCCUGUUGGAUAGACAUUAGUUUCCUCUGCUUCAUUUGCAGCACUUGUCUGACUUUGCUAACUCUCCUCACAUCGUUCAUCUACCACUUUCUGAGGUGGCAGCUAGCCUACGCCUUCUACCUCUUCCUGGCCUUCCUCUAUGAUAGCAGGAAGAGGAAGAAGGGAGCUCCUCACCACUACGAUGCCUUCAUCUCCUACAACGUUCACGACGAGGCCUGGGUCUACAGAGAGAUGCUUCCAGUGCUGGAAGGAGAGCAGGGCUGGAGACUCUGUCUGCACCACAGAGACUUCCAACCAGGUAAGCCCAUCAUAGACAACAUUACAGACGCCAUCUACGGCAGCAGGAAGACCAUCUGUGUGAUCACCCGGCGAUACCUGCAGAGCGAGUGGUGCUCCAGAGAGAUCCAGAUGGCCAGCUUCCGCCUCUUUGACGAGCGGAAGGACGUGUUGAUCCUGCUGUUUCUGGAGGAGAUGCCGGCCCGCCAGCUGUCUCCGUACUACCGCAUGAGGAGGCUGGUGAAGAGACGCACCUACCUGAGCUGGCCGCAGGCCGGCCAACACACGGGAGUCUUCUGGCAGAGCGUACGGAGAGCUCUGGAGACCGGGGACGCUCCCACCGAGACCACUAACCCCCUGACUGGACCAGCAGGAUGCUGACAAUAUUACUGAACCUGUGAGGACUUUAAAAAAAGUUGAAGUGGGCAAAAUAUAAGAGGAUAUUGAUAAGUGAGGGGUCGUCUUGCACUUGAGAAUUAGAAAAUUAUGAUGUUUGAAUGGAGAGAGUACUGCUACAACAGAGAGUGGUGCAUUAUGGAUAGUUUGAAGCCCACUUGUUGCUAAGCUAGGUCGUUCCUAGUGUUCGAGUUUCUGAAGGCUCAACGAGUGAAAAUUAGUCAAAAGCAUCUCUUUACUGCAGAAACAAGCAGUGGACUCAAUCAUCUGUCAAACAGCCAAUGAUUAGGCCAAAUCUUAAUCUAUUUUAAAGAGAGAGUGUGAGUGGAUGAUUUCACAUUUUCACUUCACUUUAACGAGAGAAAAGUCUUCUUAAUAGUUUCACAGGGAAACUUUCCCAGCAGGACGCCUUUGAACGUGUGUUGUAUCUUCAAAAAGUCUUUUUCCUAAAACAGCUGUUGGAAGGGGGGGGUCUAAUAUUCGGGGUAUAUUUACUGAUCGUGUGACUCCAGUGUAAUUUCCUUUUGUUGUCUCACAGCCUGGUUCUGCUUCACAGAUAUAUUUCUCUGUACAGUUGGGUCUAAACUCAUGUUAGUUUUAUUAAUUGAAUCCACUCAAAUAGAUAGUGGAAGUGGCAAAAGGAUUUUGGUAUCUUUUAUUUUAUUCAUGAUUUAUCGUUGAUCAAACAAACUUGAUUUUCGGCUUUAUUUACUGUGAAGCUUCCUGUUUCUACCUGAUUUCUAAGCUUCCUUCCCAAAGUGUAAACUUGGAACAGAGGACUGUUUUGUAUCUGCAUUACGUUCCUCCCAAGGCUUCUUCAUUUGUUCUGCACUCACAAUAUUAAUGGACCCUGCAGUUGUUGAAUAAACGUGUUUAAAUCAUC